CUCCGUGGCCAAGUCUUCAAAGAAGACGAGACUUCUUGUACGUCUGACGUGUCCCGGUGGGCUCAGUGCUGUGCUGGAUCUCGACGGGUUCGGGUGGGAACUUUGAAGAACUCAUUUGGUGGUGGUGAAAUUGAAGAAACUGAACAUCUGAAUUGGGUCAGCCCAAAAGUGUUAAUGGGGAAGCGCGAUUUGAAUAGGAAACCGUGAAGAAGACACACAAUAGGACUAGCACGAUUGUUAAGUGUGGAGUUCCGCGUGGACGCGGACUAAAAGUUUCUACAGAGUGACCUACUAAUAGGCGAAAGAAAUAUGAAUGUGAACGGUAAAUAUCUGUGUGUGAUAACGCUGGUGAUCUUCUCGAUCAGUGGAAGUGCCUACACGACGCAGAGGUCGAACGUUCAGGAUGAUGAGGGUAGCCCGUUUCUGGACAUGGCGUCCGAGUUCCUGCAGUCGUUGAACCAGAACCAGGGCGGUGGCGGCGGAGGAGGUGGUGCGGCAGCAGGACUGUCCGGAAUCGCUUCGAUGUUGCUGCCGUUGAUGGCCAACGCUGCAGGUGGCGGCGGAAGUGGUUCGAGCAAGUCCGGAAAUGACGGAAUCGGUGCGAUCCUGUCCGGCAUCGGUAGCAUGUUGGCCAAUAGCCAGGGUGGUGGAGGUGGUGGCGGCGGUGGUUUCGAUCCCGCUCUCAUUGGCAACGUGAUCCAGAUGUUCGCCGGAGCGAACGAAGAACCUCAACGUCGAAGUGCUGGAAGCAAUAAACGCCAAAAGAGAGCAAAAGCCGACGAGGGCAACCCGAUCCUCGAUACGGUCUUGAACGUGGCUCAAACUUGGCUUGCCAACCAGAAUAGCAUUGAUCGCGAUGACGACGGUUCCGAUCGGGAGCCCCAGCAUCCGGGAUUCAACGGAGAAACCCUUGUCAAUCUGCUCCCCUUGGCCGUCCAAGCCUUCCAAUCCUUCUCUGGGCCCGAAAUGGAAAAGACUCAAGAGAAGCACAAGGACCACUCGUGGGUUCUGCCACCCUUCCUGGAGCACAUUCACGUCAUGUGGGACCAGUUCACCCAGUCUGAGCUGUUCCAAGCGAUCUGGACCAAGGUCGGCCUCGAUACCGUGUUCCGCGGGUUCGUGAAUCGCGAUGGCAAGCUGGACUACGACAAGCUGUUCGACACACUGCAGAACCAAUCGUUCCGACGCCGCUGGAUCAAGGCCGCGACCAUCUAUCUGGCCGAUUGGGCCCACUACAUCGCCAAUCCGGAGGUGUACCAGAGGUACGUCGCCACCGGCCAGAUGAUGGCCAACGGAUUCCUGCAGUCGCGUGGCUACCCCAAGCAGGCCCUGCUGGACAUCAACCGACCGAGCGAAACCAUCUCCAACCUGAUCGAUCACACCGCCAAGUACCUGCAGGUCAAGAUCGUCUCGGUGACGUACGUGAAGCCGGCCGUAAACUACGUCAAAGAUCUGCUCAAGCUGGGCAAGGCGAAGCAGUUCCUGCAAAAGUACAACGCAACCGAACUCACCGACAAGCUUACCGAUACGCUCAAUCUGGAGGUGAUUGAACCGGUGCUGAAAGUUCACCGCGCAUACCGGCAAGCAAUCCAGACGCCCCACUGUGAUAAGUACAUUCUGUGCGAGAUCAACUCGCACGAUCCGAACGAGCGGCUGGGGCUGGGUGGCUUCAAACAGGGCGUAACCCGGUUCGGCAGCAUGGCCGCGUCCUGGUUCAUCAGCCAGGAGACGCAGACCCCCUUCUGGACGCUGUUCGCCAUCAUCAACGAUCCGCACAACUGCCAGUCCAAACAUCCGGUCGACUGUGCCGAAUUCCACGAAAACGAAAGCAAGGUGACCACGGAAUACCCGCACAAUGAACUUUAACUGACGAUCGGUUCCGGAGGGAAAAAACUCACGUUGUUCAAAAAA